GAAUUUUAUGUAGGUUAUGGCUCACUUAAAGAGGUGGUAGAAAUCUAAUUAGUGCAUUUCUUGACAUCUUUGCCAUCAUUGAAAUUCAGAGCAAUUAUACAUGUAGCUGUUUGGGUGUAAGUUCAAAUAUUCCAGAAUGUAAAUGUAGCACCAAAGAUUUUCAACUAGAUGGCUUUAAAGCUUGGUGGCUACUUUCUAAGCAUGAUGGAAGGCGAACAAAAUGUGGUGGGCCGCCUUGCUUCAUCUGUGGGUUGGAGAACACUGGUUGGAAUCGUACACGUUCCAGGCACUAGAUUUAGGACAUACACUGGAAGGAGACCUGUGUGAAGCAUUGUGUGUUUUUACCCCUUUUGGCACCCAACUAUUCACAAAUGCUUUUCUCUGUGGUUCUCUUUCACACACAGGAGUCACUCUUCCGGUUCAGGGUGUUGCUGGAACCCAGGGGAUUCUUGAGAAUCAUUGAGUUCUUCUUAGCCGUGCUCAUGUUCGCCACUACAGCUGGAUAUAGCAGUUCGGUGGUGUACAAUAUCACUUGCCUCAAUUACGAAUUUGAAAAAAAGUAUGAGUUUGGGUAUCCGUUCAAUUUCAAAGACUAUGACGAAGUCUGUGUACCAUCCAAUGCAACGGGCGGCAUGAAGGUGAACGCCUACCCCGGAGGGAAAGCGUCCUUCUUUGUUGCCAUCGGAGUCUUGGCGAUGCUGUACUGCAUUGCCACUCUCAUCUGGUACGUCAUCUUUGAGGUCAAGUUCAUCAGGUUCGACCUCAUCCCUGCCGCUGAUCUGGUCCUCACUGCGACGUUCGCACUGUUCUUCUUCCUGGCGUCUUGUGCUUGGGCCUCCGGUGUCUCCACAGUCAAAUACUGGACAACCUUUGAGAACAUCAAGACCAACUUCUACAAGAAUGUUUGCAACACUCCAGGAACUAAGUGCAUUGGGGUCACUCCUGCAAGCUAUGCCUCCCUUAAUGCCUCGAUCCUUUUUGGCUUUCUGAACUUCCUGGUGUGGCUGGGCAAUUGUUGGUUCGUCUUCAAGGAGACUACCUGGUUCCAGGCUCGGCAGAAGAAGCAAGAGCCACAAACCCAGGCGGAACCUCCUCCCAAUGAUAUCUAGACCUCUGAGAACACACCUCAACACGCCCAGCUUGGAGAGCUUUCUGCCAUACCGAUCUCGAUUUCCUGCUGUCGCUUCUGUUUGCCUUUGUGAGAACAGACCUGGAGGUAUUAUUUAGUUUAAUCUUAUGUGGGUACAUUUUUUUCUGUUAGAUUACUUGAAAACACAGAUUUCCUUCCAGAUGAUGAAAAAGAAUAGCCAAACAUCACUUUGUCUGAAAAUCUCAAACGUUCUCAAGUAUAGAAAAACAGCGGAAGGAACACAAAGGAAGAUUGCCUUUAAAAACCGCCAUCAUAUUGGAUUCAGUUAUGACUUGAAUAGACGAUCUGCCUGAAAAUUCCUUGAGACUGACUACUUGCUCAAAGAUUGUGGUUGGAAGGUGUAAGUUGGGUGAUGACGCUUAGUGAAACUUCAUUAGUACGGACAGCUUGCUGCUUUGUUGUCGUUGACUAAAAUUUUAAAUGAAAUUGAUGGACUGAAACUCUUCUGUUUGAUUAAUUGUAUCUUUAAUCGAAAAGGGAAGGGUAAUCAAUCAAGAGAAUAUUUUAAAACUUCUGGGACCAGAGGAGGAGCCAAUUGUGUAGUGCAUUAUGGGAAGGCAAUUGACCAAAAAAAUGGUAUUCAUGUCACUGAUCAACCUUUUUAUAUACUGGUACAUGUAGCCCUCUUUGGAAUCUUUUUAGACCCAAGUGUUUUUGGGUAGGUGGAAAUGACAGGUGCGCAUUUCUUUGGGAGUUUGAUACAGCUACCAACAAGCACAGGCAUUGAUCCAGUUGACGGCAGUAAAUUAUGUCUGUAACCCAGACAAGUUACCUGUUAUUUAUCCUUUUUUGGGGGGGAUAUGCUAUAUUUAGACAAGCAUGAAGUACAUGUACAUGUACGAUCUAUCAGCUUUUACAUAUGCAAAUAAUGUGAUCAAUAUGAUAAAUAAUGCUUGAUGUAUGUGUGUUUGUCAAUAUAUUAGGAGUUACUCCUGUGUACAACAAGUUGGCAGAGCUUUUACUGCGUACGCAUAGUUGUUGCUUGUAGCUGUGUGAUUGUUGGCUCGUUUGGCUGUGAUAUCUUAUGAUUAUUUGAAAAUAUUGCUGUGAUGUAGUGACCAUGUACAUGUAUGGCUUUUUGGUACUGAGAUCGCUACUGAGAUUAAGGAUUGAACAGACAAGGUGCAUUUGUUAUUGUGUUUUGUGCAGUGCAUAUUGUGUUCAUUUUGAUGGGAAUCUUGUUUUCUGAAUCUUAACUGAGUGUAAGGAAAGAUGCGACCGUGUUUUGCCCUUUUUUUUUUCAAGUGUACAAAGAUGUAAAUUCCUUGCUACACGCCCAAAACGAAAUCAAUUUUUGGGUUACUGAAGUUCUUUAGACAGUCUCGCUUUAUGAACUUGUUUAAAGAGUGUGCUUUUUCUAGGGAGGACCACUUGGGCUCUAACCCCAUCUGGGAAUGCCAUGCCAAAAAUUUCAUACUUCUGUAGUAACUUACAUAGUGGUCUCAAAGCAUUUCACUGGAACAAUCAUCGUCUUGUUCAGCAGACAAGACCAGUGAACUGCUUGUAUAGGCCUACAUGUACGUGUUUGUGUUGGCUACAUUUGUAAACUUUUAACUGCAACUGUACCCACUUAUACAGGCCUGGGUAGAGAACUGUACCCACUUAUACAGGCCUGGGUAGAGAACUGUACCCACUUAUACAGGCCUGGGUUGAGAACUGUACCCACUUAUACAGGCCUGGGUAGAGAACUGUACCCACUUAUACAGGCCUGGGUUGAAAACUGUACCCACUUAUACAGGCCUGGGUUGAGAACUGUACCCACUUAUACAGGCCUGGGUUGAGAACUGUACCCACUUAUACAGGCCUGGGUAGAGAGGGGCUAGGAGGGGUAAAAGUGAUCUGCCCCAGCUGAGCCAAGGUCACAACUUAAUCCCUGCAAUCUGGUGGUCAAGGGUCGCUGAGCCCUCACCACCAGUAGGUAAACAUGCCACACUAAGUCACAUCAGUCAUCAACUUGAUACUGCAGGUUGCCUUGUGGGUAGUUUCCCAGAUUCCACAGACCCCAAGUCCAGACAGUCCUGAAGCCUGUUCUACAGACUUGGGUACCAUGGCUCCAACUAUUAAUCAUAGAACCCGCCCAGUGUUGGAUUUUAACAGAAACAAAAUGUACAUGUAUUUUCAGUAUUUUUAAAAUGUAUUUUCAGGAAAAAUAGUCCUGCUGUGAUUUGGACUGAAACAAUCCCUUCACGAAAUGUAUUUAAUAAUGUUCACACCUUGGCUUAAUAGAAUAUACCAGGAAGUAAUGGAUUUGUAUUGGUUUAUUUAUUUUUGUUUUCCUUGGUGUAAUAGGAACAUUUAUGUUGUGCUUGCUUUAUGUGUGCAGCUGCCUGAUCCAUAUUACCUAGCAAAACAAAAAACUCUCUUAACAAAACCAUGGAUUCAUUGCGUAACAUGUGCCUGAGUUGUUGCUGGUCAAAAUGUACAUACAUGUACAUGUGUGUUCCCCUGCGGCUGAUCAAGGAAAAUAAUCUGUAUACCAGCACCUGUAGAGUGAUUGUCUGUGAAAUGAGUUGUUGCUGAAGCAUGCUUAUGAAACAUAUUAUAUGUACAUGGGUCAUUCCAUGAGGUUGGGGCACAAUUUGUGACGGUGUCAAUUGUUACAUGGGUUCCGUAAAAAUCAA